GAAGCUGACACACACAGACCAACACAGACAGACACAGACCUCGGCUGACAGGAGGGCGGGGGACAGAGGAGGCACUGAGAGAGAAGGCAGACAGAGGUGCGGUGAGGAGGGGAGAGAGAGGGAGAGGCAGAGGCAGAGAAGGGGUGGGCAAGGGAGAGGACAGAACCGGGAGAGGGAAGGGGGAAAGACAGGGAGAGAGAGGAGAGAGGCAGACAGACCGACGGGUGGACCUUGGGGUUGACCAUGGGGAGGGCGGUGGGCAUCUGAGUGGGGCUUGGGGGGGCAGACCCGGCUCCCCCUCACCCCCCCCACCCCCUCGGGACCCCUCUAGUCCAGGAGGCAGGGGGGAUGGCGGAUUCGUGCAGGAACCUCACCUACGUGCGGGACUCGGUGGGCCCAGCCACCAGCACCCUGAUGUUCGUGGCGGGCGUGGUGGGCAACGGGCUGGCACUAGGCAUCUUGGGGGCGCGGCGACGGUCACGCCCCUCGGCCUUCACCGUGCUGGUCACCGGACUGGCCGUCACCGACCUGCUGGGCACUUGCUUCCUGAGCCCCGCGGUGUUCGUGACCUACGCCCGCAACAGCUCGCUGCUGGGCCUGGCCCGGGGCCGCCCCACGCUCUGCGACACCUUCGCCUUCGCCAUGACCUUCUUCGGCCUGGCCUCCACGCUCAUCCUCUUCGCCAUGGCCGUGGAGCGCUGCCUGGCGCUCAGCCACCCCUACGUCUACGCCCAGCUGGACGGGCCGCGCUGCGCCCGCCUCGCCCUGCCUGCCGUCUACGCCUUCUGCACCUUCUUCUGUUCGCUGCCCCUGCUGGGCCUGGGCCAACAUCAGCAGUACUGCCCGGGGAGCUGGUGCUUCAUCCGGAUGCGCGCCACGGAGCCGGGCGGCUGCGCCUUCUCGCUGGCCUACGCCAGCCUCGUGGCCCUGCUGGUGGCCGCCAUCGUCCUCUGCAACAGCUCCGUCACCCUGAGCCUCUGCCGCAUGUAUCGCCGGCAGAGGCGCCACCAGGGCUCGCUGGUGCCCGGGCCCCGGGCGGGAGAGGACGAGGUUGACCACCUGAUUCUGCUGGCUCUCAUGACGGGCAUCAUGGCCGUGUGCUCCCUGCCUCUCACGGUCCGAGGCUUCACCCAGGCCAUCGCCCCGGACAGCAGCGAGGUGGGGGACCUCCUGGCCUUCCGGUUCAACGCCUUCAACCCCAUCCUCGACCCCUGGGUCUUCAUCCUCUUCCGCAAGGCUGUCUUCCAGAGGCUCAGGACCUGGUUGUGCUGCCUGUGCCCCAGGCCUGCCCACGGCGACUCGCAGACACCCCUCUCCCGGCCCGCCUCGGGGAGGAAGGACUCAAGGGCCCCCACUGCUCUUGGGGGGAAGGAGGAGAGAUGGGUGCCCCUGUCAGCCUGGGGCGAGGGGCGGGGGGGACGCUUACCCCAGGCACAGCGAUCCGCCAGCACCACGGGAACGUCAUCCAAAGAGGGGUCGGCGGCAGCCUGCUCCCUCUGCUGACCUGGCUGCCGCGAUCUCCUGCCCUGUGUCCCGGAAGCAGGAGCCGGACACACAGGGGCGACACGGCUGCUGGUGGAUAAGCGGGGAUGAGUUUCGGGGGUCCUUGUCUGCUGGAAUCUCGACCCCCUGAAUGCGGGGGGUGAUCAGCUGCUAUUCCCCUAUGUCUCCUUCUUCAGGGUGGCCACGGCAGGCUCUGGGAGAAGAGGGAGGGACAGAGGGGACGUUUGUCCUGGAACACAAAAAGAACAGGUCUCUCAAAAUAACUGGGGGCCUGGCCGGCCCGCUCUGGUCCUCGCUUGCCCAUCUAUCUCACUGUCUAAAUAUUUAGAGGGCGGGAAAGUUCCCAGAAGCUUCUGUGCACUCAGGUCUGCUCUGGUUCAGGUUCUGGCUCUGAUCCUCAUCCCUUCGGGGUGCUUGGCUGGCCCGCCCCCAAACCCCAGGGGACAUCCCUGCCCUCUCCCAGGCCACUCCAAAAGCCACCCUCUCUGCUGCCUGAUGAGAACCAGAGAUUCUUGGACAAGCUCCCUGCCUCCCCUCACUCCUGAUUUCCCAUCAGACGUGGAAGAGAUGGGGCGGGGGGGGGGGGGACCGGAGGAAGGAGAGAUUGUCAUAUGCUAGGUGGCACUCCGGACACGUGCCUGGGAAGCUGCAUGGCUUGGUGGCCUGCGAGAUGUGGACUGCGGGGGCGGGAGCCCGGGUGCCGGCGGAGACGAGGGCGGCCCGAAGACAAAGGCACGGGAGUUACAGAUCCCAGGGACCACCCGGGCACAGGGACGCAGACCCAAGUCCCUGUGCCUGUCCCUGAGUAAACAGCCGCCUGCUUACUUACAAAGCCUGACCUCAGCUCAUGUGUCCUCGGAGCCCUCGCAAAAAUGUCAUUGAUUCAUUCCACAAAUAGCGGGCACUGACUCUGCAGGUAUUGGAGACCCUAGACCAGUCUCUGCCCCGCCCCGGGACUCCGCUGGGGUGAUCGCCAGCCUUCUGGCUUCUGGCUUCAUGGCCUUCGCCUGCUCACAGAGAGGCGGGGGGGGGGG